CAUAAACAAUUGACGGUCGUCGCUGGUUGGAGUCUGCGAUAUCUUGAGCAGGUUGUUAUAACACCCCUGUGUUCCCUCUUUCCUUUAUCGUCGGGGCUCGACUCACGGACUAUUUGUUGGACAGGGCAACAAAAUGAUGUCUCCCAUCGCGUUGAAUCCGCCCUCCCCUUCUCCGUCCAUAUUUAAGGAGGAACAAUCACUCAGCAAAUUGCCAUCAAUGCCGACGGCAGUGUCGUACCUUUCUGCUGUUCAACAAGCAGACACCCGCGCUCGCAGUCGCGAUAACACCUCUGUGGCAUCAACACCGGCACUUUCACUCGCCUCUUCCGGCACAGCUUCAUCCGAAGACACUGUCCUCGACGAGGAUGAUGAGAACAACUGUCUCGUGUACCCCCUUACACCGCCCACGUCCAAGCAGGUCUUCACUGCCCCUCACACGGAGUUUGGUCACUGCGCGAAUGAAGCCUAUCGUUGCGUCUCUAAGCAUGACUACUCGAAACCUUUCCAGGAGCAUACCAUCGAGGAGCCUCCAUACUACGUUCUCAUCGCCACCUAUAUAAGCUACCUCAUUCUCAUCUGUUUUGGCCAUACGCGUGACUUCUUCGGAAAACGUUUUGCCAAAUCUUGUUUUGCCCAUCUUAUGCCCCAUGAUGGUUACGCGCCGUUGAAUUCGAAUUUUGAUUCGUUCUUUACCCGACGUCUCAAGCGUCGCAUGGAUGACUGCUUCGGCCAACCUGUCACAGGUGUCCCCGGUCGCACUGUUCUUAUCCUCGACCGAUAUUCCACCGAUUAUAACCAUACUCAGAUCUACACUGGUGGCAAGACACGCGCCCUAAACAUCUCAUCUUAUAAUUACCUUGGCUUUUCUCAAGCCCGAGGAGGCUGCUCAGAUGCAGUCCAAGAAAGCAUCCACCGAUAUGGCGUCUCCAGCUGCGGUACGCGUCUUGAGAGUGGAAGCACAGAGCUCCAUGUUUCCGCUGAAGCCCUCGUUGCGCAUUUUCUGGGGACAGAAGACGCGUUGGUCAGUUCCAUGGGAUUCGCCACCAACUCCACUUUCAUCCCUGCACUAGUGGGAAAGGGGUCCUUGAUCAUUUCCGACGAAUUGAACCACACUAGUAUUCGCGUUGGCGCACGACAGAGUGGCGCAUAUGUCCGGACGUUCAAGCACAAUGAUAUGUCAAGCCUCGAGUCCCUGCUGCGUGAGGUAAUCAGUCAGGGCCAGCCCAAGUCGCACCGUUCGUGGAAGAAGGUGUUGGUCAUCGUCGAGGGUUUGUACUCCAUGGAGGGUACUCUCGUGAACCUGCCUAGAAUUCUCGAGCUGAAGCAGAAGUACAAGUUCCACCUCUAUAUUGAUGAGGCGCACUCAAUCGGUGCGCUUGGUCCUCAUGGGCGCGGUGUGACGGACUACUUCAACAUCUCUCCUCGUUCAAUUGAUGUCUUGAUGGGCACUUUCACCAAGUCCUUUGGUGCUGCUGGUGGAUUCAUCGCAGGGCCGAAAACUCUUAUUGAUGCUCUCCGGCUGCGCGGACACUCAGGUCCGUAUGCGGAAGCAAUGCCACCCCCCGUGCUCACACAAAUUAUCGCAUCGAUGACGAGCAUCAUGGGCGUCGCUCCACAGUCGACAAAGUCCCUAAAUUCCCUCAGCCCUGCUAACUCAAUCGUCAGGUCAAAGGACAGUGCAGAUAUGCUCCCAAAAAUGGCGCCUGCAAGCAUGCUGCCGUCGUGGGUGAACCUUUAUCCGUCUCUCGCGGACGGAUCCGAAGCUCGCAUGCGUAUCCGCCGUCUUGCCUUCAACUCCCGUUAUCUGUAUGCGGGCCUCAAGAAACUCGGCUUCAUCAUUUAUGGUCAUUCCUUCAGCCCGAUUGUUCCCUUGCUGAUCUUCAACCCUGCCAAAUUGUUUAUGUUCGCACGUAUGAUGCGUGUGCGGAGAACCCCAAUUGUUGCCGUUGUUGUGGCAUACCCCGCCACUCCGUUGGAGAAGGGUCGCGCGCGGCUCUGUGCUAGCGCAUCGCAUACAAAGGAUGAUAUAGAUUUAGUGCUGCGGGCGUGUGAUGAAGUGGGUGGAAUUCUAGACUUGAAACAUGGCAUGGGCGAGAGGUGGGGUAUUGAUGAGGUUUGUGAGCGCGCCGUGGAGCUUGUACACUCCGCGUGAUAUGUGAACACCUGGUUGUCUGUCUCGUCUACUGUCUUCUUGGGCUGAUUUUUAUCCUGUUUACUGUUACACCUCUAGGCUAGCCCUAAUGUCGACAGGUACAUGUAGUAUAGUAUGGGAUGGG